CAGCGCAGCUGCGCGCCUGACACCCGGCUCCGCGCUUAGUUUUCGCGCUCGCGGUACCGUGUCCGGGCCCAGCCUGACGCCGCGCCAUGGCGUCCACAGCGGGCAGCGAGGUGCUGAUCGUUGGCAGUGGGCUCAUUGGGCGAAGCUGGGCCAUGCUGUUUGCCAGCGGAGGCUUCAAGGUCAAGCUCUAUGACAUUGAGCAGCAGCAGAUAACCAACGCCCUGGAAAACAUCAGGAAGGAGAUGAAGGCGCUGGAGCAGGCGGGGUCUCUGAAGGGCUCGCUGAGCGCCGAGCAGCAGCUGUCGCUCAUCAGCGGCUGCUCCAACCUCGCCGAAGCGAUAGAGGGUGCUGUGCACAUUCAGGAAUGCGUUCCGGAAAACCUGGACCUGAAAAAGAAGAUUUUUGCUCAGUUGGAUCGCAUGGUGGACGACCGAGUAGUUCUGAGCAGCUCCAGCUCUUGCCUCCUGCCUUCCAAGCUGUUCGCCGGCCUGGCGCACGUGAAGCAAUGCAUCGUGGCCCACCCCGUGAACCCACCGUACUAUGUCCCGCUGGUCGAGCUGGUCCCGCACCCAGAGACAUCUCCCGCGACGAUGGACAGGACCUACGCGCUGAUGAGGAAGAUCGGACAGUCCCCCGUGAGGGUCCUGAAGGAGGUCGAUGGCUUCGUGCUCAAUCGCCUGCAGUACGCCAUCAUCUCCGAGGCCUGGCGCUUGGUGGAGGAUGGAAUCGUGUCCCCGGGUGACCUGGACCUCGUCAUGUCGGAUGGUCUGGGCAUGCGGUAUGCGUUCAUUGGUCCCCUGGAGACAAUGCACCUCAACGCCGAAGGUAUGCUGAGCUACUGUGACAGAUACAGUGAAGGCAUGAAACGUGUCCUCAAGACUUUUGGAUCCAUUCCAGAGUUUUCCGGAGCCACAGUGGAAAAGGUCAACCAGGCCAUGUGUGUGAAGGUUCCUGCCGACCCAGAGCACUUGGCUGCCCGGAGAGAGUGGAGGGACGAGUGCCUCAUGAGACUAGCCAAGUUGAAAAGUCAGAUACAACCUCAAUAAAUGUCAUCCAUGCUUUCAUCACUCCUGUCAGCGCGAGUCCUAGCCAAGGAAAUGACAAGCACUUAAUCCAGUGUCUCCAAGACAACGGGGAGCCUGGAAGUGGCCAGCCUGGUGGCUCCGGGUGGUGGCCUGUGUCAGCCCUGGAAGGCACAGAGUCCGCGUUGGGAUGCCGUAGCAGUACUCGGGUUCUGGGGCUGUGGAUUCUUCUGCCACCUGCGUAGUCUGAAGGAUUUCAUCUUUUCAUAUGGUGCGAUUACCUAGGAAUGCACUUCGCAGCCAACGAUCCGUUUGAUUUAGAUCUAUGGCAGAAUAUUUUCAGAAUUAAUUGUGUUUCCAAUCUCUGAGUGCUCCACGACCCCCAUUAAUUAACAACUACGCUCACUUACUAAUGCUUAUUCUGAAUAAAAGGUUUUGGUUGCA